AUUGGCUGACUUGUAUGAGUGUGCGUGCGUAACUUUGACUGUGCGCGGCCGCGUCAUUUUAAAUACUUCUUAAUUGUUGUAAUAAAGUCAGAUUUAUGGCUUUUGGAGGACAGAUAGACGAAUUUCGCGCCUGGGCGACCGGCCUAUGUUGCUCGCCCAGCGAUCUGCCCAACGAGGACGCACUCAAAUCCAUAUUUAAGUCGCGCCAGCUGCCUCUGUUUGUGCAACUCCAGUCGCGCCUCCAUCCGCGCCAGCAUGUGCAGGAGGUGCGCGAGAAUCUACUCAUUGCACAGGUGACGCUGCACAAGGAUAAAGUGUUGGCUGUAUGUCAACGCAGUUUUCUGCCUCGCCCAAUGCAGAUCCAUUUGAAAAUGCUGGAACUGAAGAAGGAAAAGGAGCAGGCAGAACUGGGCCUGUCCGAGGCCAAGAAGGAGUUUGAUAACUUGGCCGCAACCAUAAAGUCGAAAAAUAUUCAAAUAAUCAGCGCAAAGCACAAAAAGCAAUUACACCAAUCACGAACCCAUGUGCUCCAACUAAAAUUGGACUCCCUUAACAAAACGUACGAGCAGGAGCUGGAAAACAAGGCUCAAAUCCUAGCCGCAAAGCCCGUCAGUCUGAAUAGGAAGAAUUUCAGCGAGAAACUGGCCAUGGAGCAGGCUCAAAAGGAGCUGGAAAACUUUUACAACAUCUGCAAUGCAGAAGGCAACAACACCCAUCAGCUGGCCGAGGCCAAACAGCGUCUGUGGUCGCAAAUGCGCCAAACAUUUGCCAAUACGCCCAAUGUGCUGCUCUUCAAUGCCAUUCUAAAGACCAAAGAGGAGCAACUGCAGCAUGUUAUGCAGCUGAAUAAAAGAACACCUACGCUGGAUGCAACAAAUAGUGUGGCGCUCUCUAAACCCCCAAUGAGUGCCUUCGAAGUUAAGCUGUUGAAGACCAGGGGCGAUCUAUUGGGUCUGGUGUCCAAGUAUGUAAGCGCCCGAGACGAGGUGUCGCAGCAAGAAGAGCGUUUCGCCUCGAUCUAUGACAGCUUUGUGGACGAUCUGCUGAAGAGUGUAGGCAACUUCAAUUACAAUAAUUGUACCGACGCGGACGACAGCAACAAUAUCGAAGAGAUCGUCUCCGACUUCAUGAUGCAGUAUAAUAAGCACAAUUUUAAUCAAGCACGCAAUGAUUUUCUCGCCGAACAGAUUGAGCAGCUGCGCGUGGAGCAGGAAGCGGGUGCCAAGCACCUCGAACAACAUGAGUUACUAUUGGGUUCCAUUAAGCAGAUGUACAGUGAAAUAAACACGUCCGUUAAUCGCAUACAGCACGAUAUGCUACAGUUGUCGCAAAUCAAAGAGAAAAUUCUCUAUUCCAAGAAUAUGCUGAAAAAUAUGCUGGACGAAAUGCAGGCUACGUCACAGCAUCAGAAUGCCAAAUCGCAUUUGCGCAGUACCAAACUGAAGGUCGGCAAUAUGUCGUUUUUGGGAAUGGAGAGCUUCAAUCCGGCGAAUGACAGCGUUCUUUCAAGCACCAAGCUGGACAUUGAUCCCAGCCUCAAUGACACCGUAAUGCGUCGCAGUUUCGACAAUACAACACUAAUGCCCAGUGGCCUCAACUCCACCGCUGUGAUGUCAACUGGCACAGGCUACACACAUCCCUGUCAUCUCAUGGAGCUGAACACAUUUGCCGAAGUCUCGUUCGAAAAGUUCUACUGCAUGCCGCGUGAAUGGUAUGCCUAUUUUUUUUUGGCUUUCUAUAUGCAUCUGGUAUCUAUAGUUAUGUUUGUAUCUAGUGCCUUUUUGCUGUCAGCCAAUCCGCUUAUCGUAGAGUCGCAGGAGCUGGCAUCCACUAUGCAACUGGCGCCGGGCUAUCUGCUAACACCCCAUGGCGCCCUGCAGGAAGUACGUAAACGAAUUUUGUGGGCGUCGGCAAUUGCCGCACACACGACUGAUUUGAAAUUGAAUUUGGAGCCGUUAAUUGUUGAUCCGCACGAUUUGAAGCUAAAGGCACGGCGACAACACGAGGAAAUCAUUCAGAUACUGCACAACAUUGAGGCAUUGGGCACCAAGACGCAACAUCAAUUGCAGCGGCUCAAGCGCAUCUUUCGUUUCAUUACUGAGAAUCCGCUUCGCAAAUAUGUGCCGCCCACAAAAUUGUUUAACAAUGCCAACUUUGCCGUCUACGAAUCGGAGUUUAAUCUGUAUUAUCGCAUCGCCACAGCCGGCGGAUCGAUUAAGGCGUAAAAUAGGUUCUAAACAAGCAGUAAUAAUAAUAACGUCAUUGUUUUCCUGUAAACUGUAUUUUAAAAUGAAGUGUAACUUUUUGUCUUUUUA